AUUCCACUCACAUGACACAAGCUUCCAGAAAGCUUUCUCCUCAUCUUCAUCUUCUAGUACCCGUUCUUCCUAGCUAGCUCUAGUUGAGUGAGCUUACUUUUGGGAGCAUCCAGCCCGCAACGCAUGGCUCGCAUGGCGGUGUCGGUGCUGGCGAUCCUGCUCGCCUCGUGUGCCCUGGCGGCGGCGAGCUUCGACAAGGAGUUCGACGUCACCUGGGGUGACGGGCGCGGCAAGAUCCUCAACAACGGCCAGCUCCUCACGCUGGGGCUCGAUAAGAUCUCCGGCUCCGGGUUCCAGUCCAAGCACGAGUACCUCUACGGCAAGAUCGACAUGCAGCUCAAGCUCGUCUCCGGCAACUCCGCCGGCACCGUCACCGCAUACUACCUGUCGUCGCAGGGGCCGACGCACGACGAGAUCGACUUCGAGUUCCUGGGCAACGUCACCGGCGAGCCCUACACGCUGCACACCAACGUGUUCACGCAGGGGCAGGGCCAACGGGAGCAGCAGUUCCGCCUCUGGUUCGAUCCCACCAACGACUUCCACACCUACUCCAUCCUCUGGAACCCAAAGCACAUCAUCUUCAUGGUGGACGACAUGCCGAUCAGAGACUUCAAAAACCUUGAGGGAAAGGGGAUCGCCUUCCCCAAGAACCAGCCGAUGCGCCUCUACUCGAGCCUCUGGAACGCCGACGACUGGGCCACGCAGGGCGGCCGCGUCAAGACGGACUGGUCCCACGCGCCGUUCUCUGCUUCCUACCGCAGCUUCAAGGCCGAUGCGUGCGUGGUCACCGCGGCCGGCCGGCCGCGGUGCGGCGCCAGCAUUGGCACGGACGCGGCCCCAGGCACCGGCGGCGCGGCCGCGGCUGGCGACUGGUACAACCAGGAGCUGGAUCUGACACGACAGCAGCGCAUGCGUUGGGUGCAGAGCAAUUACAUGAUCUACAACUACUGCACUGACCCCAAGCGCAUCGCCAUGGGCGUCCCCGCCGAGUGCUCGAUGUAGUGCCCAUGUCCACUGCUAGCACUGGACUGCGUAUUUGUUGAUCGCCGGAGGAAGACGGCCGGAGAUAGGAACGAUGGGUGUAUUGUAUGUAUAGACCGAAAUCAAUCAAUAAGGAUUAGUAAUGGGAAAUGUUGUAAAGUAGCCAGUGGUAGAUUCUUCUGUUCGUCAUUUACGCCCAGUUCGAGUAAUCGUGCUCAGCCUCAAUUCUUGUAUGUAAUAUACUGCCUCUUUUAAGUUCUUUGUCUGUA